AUGGCGCCCUGGACACGAUUGGCCCUCGUGCCGAUUAUCGCGCAGGUAAUUGUCGCAUCUCCCACGCCAGAUGCAGACCAUGAAGCCUCAUACUUAAAUAUACGUGCGGCAGAGGGCUACAAUUCCCCGCCUUACUAUCCUACACCCGAUGGCGGCUGGGUCUCCGACUGGGCUGAAGCCUAUGAGAAAGCGCAGCAAAUCGUUGGCAACAUGACUCUCGCCGAGAAGGUCAACCUGACCACUGGAACGGGCUUUUAUAUGGGACCCUGUGUCGGUCAAACAGGCAGUGCCCCGCGGUUCCGUAUCCCGAACCUCUGUUUACAAGAUUCCCCCUUGGGGAUCCGGAAUUCAGACCAUAACACAGCAUUCCCUCCCGGUGUCACGGUCGGUGCGACGUUCAACAAGAAUCUCAUGUAUGCGCGGGGAAGAGCUCUGGGUGAGGAAUCCCGGGGUAAGGGUAUCAAUGUGCAACUGGGCCCUGCAGUUGGUCCUCUUGGGCGAAAGCCUCGAGGAGGACGUGGCUGGGAGGGAUUCGGCGCGGAUCCUACUUUACAAGCGAUUGGAGGAGCGUACACGAUCAAGGGUAUGCAAAGUACAGGCGUGAUUGCGACAAUCAAGCACUUCAUCGGUUACGAGCAGGAGAUGUAUCGCAUGAGCAGUAUCAUUACCAAGGGCUAUUCAUCCAAUAUUGAUGAUCGCACCCUGCAUGAACUUUACUUGUGGCCUUUUGCUGAAGGCGUUCGGGCCGGUGUCGGAUCUUUAAUGACUUCAUACAAUGAUGUCAACAGCUCGGCGGCAAGCCAGAACAGCAAGCUCCUAAACGGAAUCCUCAAGGACGAACUUGGUUUCCAGGGAUUUGUGAUGACCGAUUGGCUCGGUCAUUACGCUGGUGUGGCAUCCGCGCUCGCCGGUCUCGAUAUGGCUAUGCCCGGUGAUGGCGCGGUUCCCCUCUUUGGUGAUAGCUACUGGGGCUCCGAGUUGUCUCGGUCAAUUCUAAAUGGCAGUGUUCCGGUUGGCCGACUCAAUGACAUGGUUACUCGAAUCGUGGCGACGUGGUACAAGAUGGGUCAGGAUGAAGACUACCCUCUACCCAAUUUCUCGACCAAUACUCUCGACGAGACUGGGCCACUCUAUCCCGGUGCCCUUUUCUCUCCCAGUGGUGUUGUCAACCAAUUUGUUGACGUCCAGGGCAACCACAACAUCACUGCGCGUGCUAUUGCCCGCGAGGCGAUCACUUUGUUGAAGAACGAAGAUAACAUCCUUCCUCUGCGCCGUAAUGACUCAAUCAAGAUUUUUGGCACCGAUGCAGGUGGCAAUCCUGAUGGUAUCAAUUCAUGCAGUGACCAAGGAUGUGAUAAGGGUGUUCUGACCAUGGGAUGGGGUAGCGGAACUGCGAGGCUGCCUUAUCUCAUUACUCCCCAGGAGGCUAUCUCCAAUAUCACAAAGAACGCUGAGUUCUAUAUCACGGACUCGUUUCCAUCCGGUAUAACUGCGAAUUCUCGCGAUAUUGCUGUUGUGUUUAUUAACGCCGACUCUGGCGAGAACUAUAUUACAGUCGAAGGCAACCCCGGCGACCGCACCGAAGCUGGCCUCUACGCCUGGCGCGGUGGCGAUGACCUCGUCAAGGCUGCCGCGGAGAAGUUCUCCAGUGUGGUCGUCAUUUACCACACCGUCGGGCCCGUGAUCAUGGAAGAGUGGAUUGAUCUCGAGGCUGUCAAGGCUGUUCUUGUGGCACACCUCCCCGGCCAGGAAGCCGGUAACUCUCUGACCGAUGUCCUAUUCGGCGACUACAGCCCUAGUGGCCACAUGCCUUACACCAUCCCGAAAAGCGAAUCUGACUACCCGGAUAGUGUCGGCAUUAUCAACCAGCCAUUUGGCCAAAUCCAAGACACUUUCACCGAGGGACUGUAUAUGGACUACCGCCACUUCAUAAAAGCCAAUAUUACUCCGCGGUAUCCCUUCGGGCAUGGACUGUCGUAUACAACUUUCAACAUCUCCAGCCCGACAAUUACUGAGGUAAAUUCACUCGAUACCGCCUAUCCUCCAGCUGCACCUUCCAAGGGAGCUACUCCGGUGUAUAGCGACACAAUCCCUGCUGCUUCUGAGGUCGCCUGGUCAUCUACCAGCUUCACCCGCAUCUGGCGCUAUCUCUAUCCUUACCUGGAUCACCCUGAGUCCAUUACCGCCUCCAGCAAAUAUGCCUACCCUGACGGCUACUCCACAACACCCAAGCCUCAAGUACGCGCAGGCGGUGGACAAGGCGGAAACCCCGCUCUUUUCGAUAUCGCGUAUUCGGUCAAGGUCCAGGUCACGAACACAGGAUCUCGUCAGGGUAAGGCCGUUGCCCAAUUGUACGUUGAGCUACCCUCUAGCUUGGGUUUCGACACCCCUGAGCUACAGUUGCGCCAGUUUGAGAAGACGAAAGAGCUGGCACCCGGUCAAAGCGAACUUCUUACUCUCACUGUCACUCGCAAAGAUCUGAGUGUCUGGGAUGUCGUGGCUCAAGACUGGAAGGCACCUGUCAAUGGCGAGGGUGUCAAACUCUGGGUUGGCAACAGUGUCGCCGAUCUUCCCAUAAUUUGCACUGUUGGUGAGGGAUGCUCCUCAGACUAG